AUGAGCUCACCCAUUAGCAAGAGCCGCUCCCUUGCCGCCUUCCUGCAGCAGCUUCGCAGCCUGGGGCAGCCACCCAGACCCGUGACAUCGACGGCGUGCUCGCCCCGUCGGCCGAGAGAGGUGCCCCUCUGCCCCGUGAUGGAACCGGGCGAAGCGCAGGACGCGGCCACCCUGCCGGGUCCCACCAAGUGGCCACUGCUGGGCAGCCUGCUGGAGAUCCUCUGGAAAGGAGGCCUCAAGAAACAGCACGACACGCUGGCCGAGUACCACAAGAAGUACGGCAAGAUUUUCCGCAUGAAGUUGGGUUCCUUCGACUCGGUGCACCUGGGCUCGCCGUGCCUGCUGGAAGCGCUGUAUCGCACCGAGGGCGCGCACCCCCAGAGGCUGGAGAUCAAACCUUGGAAGGCCUACCGCGACUAUCGCGAGGAGGGCUACGGGCUGCUGAUCCUGGAAGGAGAAGACUGGCAGAGGGUCAGGAGUGCCUUUCAAAAGAAGCUAAUGAAACCAGUGGAAAUUAUGAAGCUGGGCAACAAGAUCAACGAGGUCUUGGCUGAUUUUAUGGGUAGAAUAGAUGAGCUCUGUGAUGAGAGAGGCCGCAUUGAAGACUUAUACACGGAGCUGAACAAAUGGUCUUUUGAAAGUAUCUGUCUUGUGCUGUAUGAGAAGAGAUUUGGGCUCCUUCAGAAGAACGCAGGGGAGGAAGCUUUGAACUUCAUCAUGGCCAUCAAAACAAUGAUGAGCAUGUUUGGAAAGAUGAUGGUCACCCCGGUCGAGCUGCACAGGAGUCUCAACACCAGGGUGUGGCAGGCGCACACGCAGGCAUGGGAUACCAUCUUCAGAUCAGUCAAAUCUUGUGUGGACAACCAGUUAGAGAAAUACUCUGAGCAGCCCAGCAUGGAUUUGGUUUGCGACAUUUAUCACCACAAUCAGCUUUCAAAGAAAGAGUUGUAUGCAGCCGUGACGGAACUCCAGCUGGCUGCGGUGGAGACGACGGCAAACAGCUUAAUGUGGAUUCUCUACAAUUUAUCCCGUAAUCCCCACGUGCAACAAAAGCUUCUUAAGGAAAUUCAGAGUGUGUUGCCUGAGAAUCAGUUGCCACAGGCAGAGGAUUUGAGGAACAUGCCAUAUUUAAAAGCCUGUCUGAAAGAAUCUAUGAGGCUUAACCCGAGUGUCCCAUUUACAACUCGGACACUCGACAAGGCAAUGGUUCUGGGGGAAUAUGCUUUACCCAAAGGAACUGUAUUGGUUCUAAAUACCCAUGUGUUGGGAUCCAAUGAAGAAAACUUUGAGGAGUCAAGUCAGUUUAGGCCUGAACGGUGGCUUCAGGACAAGAAAAAGAUCAGCCCUUUCGCCCAUCUUCCAUUUGGCGUUGGGAAAAGAAUGUGCGUGGGUCGCCGGCUAGCUGAACUCCAGCUCCACCUGGCGCUCUGCUGGAUCAUCCGCAAAUACGACAUCGUGGCCACAGACCUCGAGCCUGUGGAGAUGCUGCACUUGGGCAUCCUGGUGCCCAGCCGGCAGCUCCCCGUCGCCUUCUGCCGGCGAUAA